AGAGAGAGAACAGAGACCUCGACAGUCCUUCUGAGGAGAGUUACAAAUCCAACCAUGGCCGAGGCGGUAAAGAUGGCGCCGGAUGCGUUGUCGUCGUUGGACGGCCUCCGCGCGCGUUCUGACAGCACGUCCAGCACGGCGUCCCAGGGGUCAAAGGGCAAGCUGCUCCUGCGCCAGCGUCUGUCCCAGCUGCUCACGUGCGUGGAGGACCUGAGCUCCGACGACGAGGCCAACGAGGAAGUGUCUCGCACCCUGGACGAGGCCUUCCAGCUAUGUGGACGCUUCACCCCCAAGGACGCCUUCAGGUUGCACAUGGUCACGUGGAAUGUGGCGACAGCAGAACCCCCGCGUGACGUCAUUUCCCUUCUGCAGCUGGAUGUCCAGCCCCCCACAGACGUCUAUGUGAUUGGUCUGCAGGAGGUGAAUGCCGCCCCCCUGCGGUUCCUCUCUGACCUGCUAGUGGAAGACUCCUGGAGUCACAUGCUGAUGGGCACACUGGCACCUCGCGGCUAUGUCAAGGUGUCGUCAGUGAGGAUGCAGGGCCUGCUGCUCCUGGUCUUCACCAAGCAGAUGCACCUGCCCUUCAUCAGGGACAUCCAGACCACCUACACCCGCACGGGGAUCUUCGGUUACUGGGGGAAUAAAGGAGGCGUGUCUGUGCGCUUCUCCUUCUACGGUCACAUGCUGUGUUUCCUCAACUGCCACCUGGCGGCGCACAUGAACUACGCUCUGCAGCGCGUGGACGAGUUCGAGUACAUCCUGGACACGCAGGACUUUGACUUCUACAACGCCCCCAACAUUCGAGAUCACAAGGUGGUCUUCUGGUUCGGUGAUCUGAACUUCCGCAUUGAGGACCAUGGUAUGCACUUCCUCCGUUCAUCCAUCAACAGCGAACGCUAUAACCUGCUGUGGGCGAAGGACCAGUUACUGAUGAUGAGGAAGAAGGAGCCGUUUCUACAGGAGUUUGAGGAAGGGCCUCUCAGGUUCAAACCCACCUAUAAGUUUGACCGCAACUCCAACACCUACGACAGCAGCUCUCCGAAGACCUUGUUGGGCUUUACUGGGAAGAAAAGGAAGCCGGCAUGGACGGACCGCAUACUGUGGCGCAUUAAGCCCAAAACCCCGCCCCCAGAGGAAGAGGAUGAUGAGAAGGCGUCAACGUCCACCGCUGACAGCCACGAGGACGAGUGUCCAAUCAGAGUUCUCCAGGACAUCUACACCUGCGACAUGAGCUACGGAGUCAGCGACCACAAACCUGUCCUGGGAGUCUUUAGUCUGGAGCUGAGAAAGCACUACGACACGCCCCUUGUGCGGCUCAGCCCAGAAGGCCAGUGGAGCGCCGACCAGGACGCCGCCCUGUCCUACACCAUCCUGGAGGACUUCAUGUCCUCCACCUGGGACUGGAUAGGCCUGUACAAGAUUGGCUUUAAGAGUGUGUUGGACUAUGUCACAUUCGUCUGGGUCAAAGGUGACGAUCUUCCAGAAAUACUUGAGACCCUACAGGUGUCUCUGAAUAAGGAUGCGAUUCCUCUCCUCCGUGGCGAGUAUGUGCUAGGCUACUACAGUACAAACAUGCAGUGCAUCGUUGGACUCAGCGCAAACUUCCAGAUUCUGGAGUCGAAACGAGCUGCCUUGGAGGGCCUGGUCAGUGAAAACGGAUUGAACAAAUAAUCCUAAUCCACGUUUGGAAGACAACAAGGUGUCUUGGUACUGUAAUUGUAAACCCUGUCCAAGGAGACUCCAUCAUACAGACACUGAAGCCAUUCUUACGGCCAGGAAGUCUAUGCUGUGUUAGUAUUCUGUCAUUGUUCUCUCUUUUCCGCACAAAUCAACAUGACGUGUACUACCCUCCUCUCUCUCUCUCUCUCUCUCUCUCUCUCUCUCUCUCUCUCUCUCUCUCUCUCUCGCUCUCUCUUUGUGUCUUCCUUGCUCAACCACAGAUGCUGACAUAAUCAAUCCUAAAAUCAUCUACUCUAUGUAGAAUAUACAGACUCUAUAUGUGCAUCCUCUGUUGUUUGGUUUCACAUAAGCGCACAUGAUCAUUACUGAAGAGAUAGCUACUUCCUGCCCAGGUCCUUCAGCUGGGAUCCCUCCUUUUGGUCUCUCUCUCAGUUUAGGAGAGACCAGCAGUGGCAGCGGAUACCUGAGAAAAUGGAUUGUCACAGCAAGUUGGGACUGAGGAUUUCAUCCCAAGAUCAGUUGUGAAUAGUGAGCUUAAGAAAUGUGGCUUGGUUGAUGUUUCAAAGGUGGGGUACAGAGACCUGGGUUUAAAGUUUACAGUGGUGUAUGUGCGUGUGCAUGUUUGUGCAUGUGUGAGACAGAAUCAAGAGUGGGUGAGGUUGUAGCAAUCAAAUCACAAUUUUGAACAAGUAUAUCAAAUCACAAAUUUGAACAGAUAUGUUACUUUUAUUAUCCAAUGUACUAUAUGAGAAUAAGAACAGAAUAAAAGAAUAAGGACAGAACAGAAUCACAACAAAGUAUAUUUUAGGUACUUCUGUCCUUGUAAGUAAAUCUAUGUUUUAGAUUUUAUGUUCCACUGAUUUUUAUGUUUUAACAGAAUGCCAUUUCUUCUGAUGUUUGUAUAUUUAGAUAAUUAAGUUAAUGAGAUAAACAAAACCAUCCAAACUCUUCUUUCACAUUUCAGGAUUUAUGGCAUUUGUGUAUGUGUGUAUGUGUGUAUGAUUAUUGUCAAAAUUGGACUGAUAUCGCCGGCCGACACAGAUUGAUAUUUGUAAAGUGAACUAAACUAAAUGUUUCAGUUAGCAGUGUUAGUGCAAUCAACAUGUCAUAGUUAUGUAGUUAUGUCUACUACUAUGUAUAUGUAAUCCAUAAAGGCUGGACCAACAUCCUUUCACUUUAUUCAUGGUUUAUUGGAAUUUAUCAAAAUUCCAUCUUUUCAGAGUCUGGCAGAGAAAAAUCCCAACUGAAUUUUAGGUUAUUGAUGACAAUCUGAAUUCAACCUGACGAUAUACCUAUUUUGUGUUUUUUUUUGUAGGCUAUUUCAAUAAUGUAACCGGUCCCUUCAAGGGUUCCGUAUAAAUCUGAUGUGCCCCAGUAA